AUGGGUAAACCAGAAAAUUAUCUGAUUACUGGAAUGACUGGGACAAAUUGUGUUUCACCAAUAGUACGUGGUUCUCAUGAUAAUUCAGACGUAACAAAUCUCGGCAAACGAAUCCGUAACCUUUUGCCACCGAUAGCCCCAAGUGAUUCCCAUUCAUCGUCCGCUAAACAGGCUGUUGACAGCAAAAAUUCUAGAACUGAAACGUACUCUUGGACAACAAUUCCACGAGGAUGGGAUGUAUUUCGUCUACUACCACCUCCACCAGAUAAUUUAAAUCGAGGCUUUUGGUAUGAUGUUAGCUUGCAAGUAUUGAAAAUAUUUUGCUUUGUUGUGCUUUUUUUCCUCACACUGACCAGUGUUACUGUAGCUAAAGCAACAUUUUUACUGAUGACUUCAGCGAUUGGUACGAUUAAAAAGAAUAUUACUAUUUGUAAUGACAAAAUUCCUGAAAGUCCAACUAACCAAGUUGAAAUUUUACCAUUACAUGUAGUAAAAUGGAUUUGGGCUGUAUAUAUUUCUUUAUGCAUUCCGGAACUGAUGUGUUUUAUUGGUUGUAUUCAUCGAGCUUUUUUUCGAAACGCCAAGAAACCAAACUUUGUUCAAUUUUUAACUGUAUUUACUGUGGAAACAUUAAAUGCUGUCGGUAUUGGUAUUUUAGUUUUCAAAGUACUGCCAAAUUUGGAUGCCAUUACAGGAGCAAUGCUUACCAAUUUUGUAUGUUUUGUGCCAAGUUUACUUUUGUUGCUCAGUCGUCGACCAGUUCGCUUAACAAUAUUAUUAUUCGCUGCCGAUAUAUUUUGCAUCAUUGUACAAGUUAUCGCUUUUUGGACACUCCCAGAUGUAAAUCCUUCAUUUCAAAAAUUUUCACACAUUUUGCCAUUUUGUCUAAUUUCAAUAUCCCUUGGUUGGUGGCAAAAUUUUGCUCACAUAGAAAGUGCCUUACCGCCGAUUCGAGCUUUAGCGCGUUUUGCGGUGAAAUUAAAUGAACGGCGAUCAAAAACUUACGCAUGGAUUUCAAUUUGGAAAUGCGUUGUUUAUCUAAUAAUGGUAUUGUUUGCGCUAAAUAAUAAUAUAACACCAAAGGAUAUUUUUGCAAGUGAUCCAUUUGGUGAAAAAUUGCUAACAAUAACUGCUCAACACUUGAAUCAGACUCAGAUUAAUAAGUUUUAUAAUCGCAUGCAACGAAUGGAAAGAGAAAUGGCUAAUGCAGAUUAUGAUGGAAUACAAACGAUAAACUUCGUGGGAAGACGUUACACAAAACCACCUCGCUUACUAAAAGAUUAUAGUGGUCGAACUCAAAUUACUCCGCGGAGGUUACAGUCUGUACCACAACAAAAACAAGCGUUCUAUCUCAGGCCAACGACUAAUAUCCCGUUCAUCACAAAAGCAUUUUACUCAACAUUGGAAAGUUCCCAGCAGAGUAUUGAUAAAUACGAAAAAAUUCAUUCAUCACUGGAUGUAGAUUCUUUGCAGCAUCAGUUAUUAGUAGAUGAUAAGAACCAAGAAAACGAGUUAGCUAGUAACCGAAGUAAACGUGCUCAUGAUGAAGAUGAAUAUGACAUACCACCAAAUACGUAUAAUAUAUUUGAUGAUUACAUAGAGCUGAAUCAAUAUACAAGUCCGUUCGAUGCACUCUGGAUCGUUCUUAUUCAGGCAACUGCUGUAAUAAUUGCUUACCACAGUUCAAAAUUUGCUUGCAAGGUAAUGAUGCAGCGUGCUUGUUUUGCAUUUCCUGUCGUUCUUGCUGUACCAACAACCGUUGCUGUAUUAUUAACAACAUGUACAAAACGACAAUCAGAUGCUUGCCAUUCCACUUUCCUUUUUUCCAGAGAACUUUUCUGGCGAUGUGAUAUACCAGAAAGCUUGGCAGCAUAUAUGUUUUCACCAUGGACGCAAAUUUGGCUUACCACGUUAAUUGUACAAAUUUGGAUUACUUCGCAUCUUUGGAGACCUCGUCAAGAAAGAUUAGCCAAAACAGCCAAAUUGUUCAUAUUACCUUACAACAGUGCUUUAUUUACGGAUCAGUCCUUGGCUUUAAAUCGAAGAUGUGAUGAUAAAACCAAAAUUCGAACUGAGGAUUUAGAAUUUGAUGUAGGAGACGUUACAGAACGUGAUGUGAUCUUCGGGUUGACGUAUGCAAAACCAAAUCCAUCUCUUUCAAGUGGUUCAACGGGCAAAAUUAUUGAAACGGCUAUGAUUAAGGAAAUGGCAUCAUCUGCAGACGCCGUCACAAAGAUUUAUGUCUGCGCUACGAUGUGGCAUGAAACAGCUAUAGAGAUGACAUGCAUGUUGAAAAGUAUUUUGCGACUUGACGAAGAUCAGUGUGCAAGAAGAAAUGCUCAAAAAUACCUCAAGAUUAUCGAUCCUGAUUAUUAUGAAUUCGAGGCGCACAUAUUUUUCGACGAUGCAUUUGAUAUCAAUGAGUACGGUGAAUCUGUUAUUAAUAAGUAUGUAAAGCAACUGGUAGAAAAAGUGGACGAAGCAGCAAGCGCUUUGCAUCAAACUCAAAUGAAAUUAAGACCACCGAAAAAAAUGCUAACUCCAUAUGGUGGACGACUGAGCUUUAUAAUGCCUGGUAAGAAUCGGUUAAUGAUUCACUUGAAGGACAAACAAAAGAUUCGUCUUCGUAAACGUUGGAGUCAGGUGAUGUACCUGUACUAUUUGCUGGGCUAUCAACUAAUGAUGAAAGUAGACGACGAAGUUAGAAAAGAGCUAAUCUCUGAGAAUACAUUUAUCCUCACCUUGGAUGGUGAUGUUGAUUUUUCGCCUCAGUGUGUUCAUCUUCUUGUUGAUUUGAUGCGAAAAGAUCGACGGCUUGGAGCAGCGUGUGGUCGGAUACAUCCACGUGGAUCUGGGUUAAUGAUUUGGUACCAAAAAUUCGAAUAUGCAAUCGGCCAUUGGUUACAGAAGGCUACUGAGCAUAUGAUUGGAUGUGUGCUUUGCUCACCUGGCUGUUUUUCUCUGUUUCGUUCACUGGCAUUGAUGGAUGAUAAUGUAACUAGACGUUAUGCUUCAAAAGCUCAAAAUCCUGUUGAUUUCAUUCAGUACGAUCAGGGUGAAGAUCGCUGGCUCUGUACUUUACUUCUACAGCGUGGUUAUCGCGUUGAAUACUGUGCAGCAUCAGAUGCAUUAACAUAUGCACCAGAAGGCUUCAAUGAAUUUUUCAAUCAACGUCGUCGUUGGAUUCCCUCAACGCUAGCUAAUAUAAUUGAUCUUUUGCAGGAUUAUAAGAAUGUGAUUAAUGUCAAUGAAUCUAUUUCCAUUUGGUAUAUAAUAUAUCAGUGCAUAAUGCUGGUUUCAUCAAUUCUGGGGCCAGGAACGAUUUUUUUGAUGGUUGUAGGAGCGCUAUCCAUAUCUUUCAAUAUUGAUACCUCUUUGGCGUUAUUUAUUGUUACUUUACCUGUUGCAUUGUUUUGUUUUAUGUGCUUCGUCAGCCAUCCUGAAAACCAGUUAAUGGCAGCACAAAUUAUUGGUGCAUUGUUUGCUAUGCUCAUGACAUCUGUCAUUGUCGGUACAAUGAUACAAAUGCAGAAAGAUGGUAUAAUGUCACCUCAUUCAAUAUUUCUACUUUUUGUUAUUGGAAGUUUCUUCACUGCUGCCACACUUCAUCCUCUCGAAUUUACUUGUAUCACUCCAGGAAUUCUAUAUUUCUUGGCAAUUCCGUGCAUGUAUAUGCUGUUGCCCAUAUAUAGCUUGUGCAAUUUAAACAAUAUUGCUUGGGGUACACGAGAAAAUACAACAGCUCAAAAAAAGAGUUGUACAAAAUCGAAACCUGGUAAACACGUUGACUUGUUAGCCAACAGUGAAAAUGUUAGCGAGAUUGAGGGUGAAAUAACAAUUGGCUGUGGAAUGGCUUGCCGUUUAAUGUGCUGUUUAAAAGACAAAUCAAUGGAAAAAGCACAGAUAUGGCAAAUUAGUGAAAAAAUGAACGAAAUGAUGAAUAAGUUGAAUAGAAUUGAACGAAAAUCUGGUGCAAAUUCUAUGACUCUUGCAACAACAUAUCCAUCAACUUCUAUCCAUCCAGGUAGCGCUAAAUGGGAUCCUGAUGCAAAUAUGGAAGAUCAGGAAGAGAUUGAAGAUAAUCGUGAUAUCACCGACCAAUCAGCUGCAGCGAUGCGAAAUCGUAAAUGGGAAUCAAAAAUAAGCGAAGUUUGGCUGAAUGAUCGAUCAAUCCGACGUGCUGAGAAAGAUUCGCUCGAUACUGACGAGGAAGUGUUCUGGAAUGAUCUGAUAAACAAAUAUCUUACACCAAUCAUCCAUGAUCAAGUAGAACAAGAAAGAAUCAAAGCUGAUCUCAUACAACUAAGAAACAAAAUAUGUUCUGGUUUCUUCAUGGUAAAUACUGUAUUCAUUAUCAUUGUACUGCUUCUACAGCUACAGAAAGAUUGUAUUCAUAUUGAAUGGCCUCUUGGACCUCGGUAUAAUCAUACGAUCAUCCCGUGUAACACGGAAUCACGAGAACCGAUUUGGGUAGUCACAAGACUACAGCUUGAACCAAUUGGAUUAGUUUUUCUGCUGUUUUUCAUGUCUAUUCUCAUAAUACAGUUCAUAGCAAUGUUGCUGCAUCGAUUUGGCACAAUGGCACAUAUCAUUGCAUCAACAGAGCUGUUUUGUUGGCGCAAACGCGUGGAUCACUUAACUGAAGAUGAAUUAGUAGUUCAAAAUGCAGUUGAGAUCGCACGUGAGCUACAAGCAAUUCGUGGAGUUGAUGAAUCUGAUGAGACAUCUUUACCAGAGGAACAAGCAAUUUCACGACGUAAUAUUGUACGUAAUUUAGAAUCUUCCAAACGGUCUAUGUAUCGGCCGAGAACGGAAACGCUUGAUGCUGCUUUUCGAAAACGGUUCUUUGCUCUUUCAAGUAUUAAGGCGAUAGACCGAUCUAAUAGUGAGAAACGCCUAACACUACGAAGGAAUACUAUUCGCGCUAUUGAGCGGCGACGUAAUUCAAUUUUUGGCAAUCAACAACCAAAUGAGGAUGAGGCUGCAUCAUCAGUAACAGAAGGGAAGCGUCAACUGACUGCAACAUCUAGUCGAGCAACGAUUCGCAGCAACCUGCAGCAGUUAUUCAACGAUCCUGCAAAUAAUUUCGACAACGACCAGACUAGAAAUGGAAAUUCCUCAUAA